AUGUCUGCCCCUAUCAUCCAUCUUCGCGCCGAGACCAAGUGGUUGGAGCACCGCAGUGCCCUCACCCCGAGCACGACCCGAGCCCUCAUCAAGGCUGGAUACGAGAUUCACGUCGAGAAGAACCCCCAGCAGAAGGAGUACCAAAGGUUCUUCCGCGACGAGGAGUUCGAGGAGGCGGGCGCUAAGCUUGUCGAGACCGGCUCAUGGAAGGAUGUCCCGACUGCCUCCUCCCCUGACGGCGGAAGAUACUUCGUUUUGGGAUUGAAGGAGAUUGAGGAGGGAACUAGCCCUCUUGGCCACACCUACAUUCACUUCCAACAUUGCUACAAGCAGCAAGGUGGCUGGGCUGAGGCCCUGUCCCGUUACCCUCGCGGAAACGGCACACUCCUCGACUUGGAAUUCUUGGCCGAUGACUCCGGUCGCCGGGUGGCAGCUUUUGGCUUCCACGCUGGUUUCGCAGGUGCCGCGCUUGCGAUCUCAAACUGGGCCUGGCAGCUCACUCACCCUGGCGAGCCCUACCCCAGCGUCGAGAGCUACCCCAACGAGGAUGCUCUGAUCGCAGACGUGAAGAAGGCGCUGGCCGAGGGUGUUGCCAAGGCAGGCUACACCCCGCGUGUCAUGGUCAUCGGAGCCCUUGGCCGUUGCGGACGUGGCGCAGUUGCCAUGGCCGAGAAGGCUGGUAUCGCAGAUAUCUUGAAGUGGGAUAUCCAGGAGACAACCGCUCCUGAGCGCAAGGGAAAGACCUUCCCGGAGAUUGUUGAGUCUGACAUCUUCGUCAACUGCAUCUACCUCAACCAACCCGUUGGCCACUUCGUCAACCACGAGUCUCUGAAGGCUCCUGGUCGCAAGCUGAGCGUUGUUUGCGACGUUAGUGCUGAUACCACCAACCCCCACAACCCUAUCCCCAUCUACACCGUCGCCACUACGUUCGACAAGCCUACGGUCCCCGUUGAGGGCUACGACAACCCGCCCCUGAGCGUCAUCAGCAUCGACCACCUGCCUAGUCUGCUGCCCCGUGAGGCUUCCGAGGCCUUCAGCAAUGACCUGCUGCCUACUCUCCUGGAACUCAAGAACUGGCGCUCCAACCCGGUCUGGGUCCGCGCUACCAAGCUCUUCGAGGAGAAGGUUGCCACUCUUCCCGCCGAGUCCCUGGAGAACAAGGCCUAG